AUGAGGGAGAAAAUAACGGAACUCGGGAAUGGCUAUUAUGGCAGUAUGCUUCGCAAGGCGCUUACACAGCAAGAGAAUGGGGUCUAUGACACUUCCAUCAAACAGAUCGAUCUUGACCUGGUACGGACUCUUUCGGCCAACAGCAUGUUUGCCGAUCCAGAUUCGGAAAAGGUGAAACAACUACGGAGAGUAUUGUACGCCUACAGAUACCAUGACACGUUGAUAGGAUACUGCCAGGGCUUGAAUCGCAUAGCUGCAGUAGCACUACUAUAUCUUGAUGAAGAAGACGCAUUCUGGUUUUUAAUCGCAUUUACAGAACUUCAGCCUCCCAAUUAUUAUGCGAGUAAUCUAAUUGGUGCUGUGGCUGACCAGAAGUUCGAUUUGAAUAUCACUGUGACAAGAAAACAUAAAAGCAACAAAUUCGAGAAAUUCUUCAGUCUUGUUCCUAGCCUUGUGACAGAAAAUGGUGGAGGAAUCGUACUUCCGAGGGAAAACAUCUGA